CCCCUCUGUGGCCCCGCCCCCUCGCCUCAGAGCUGGGCCUGGCCUGAAGGAAGGCGGGUGUGGGAUUCUUAUUCCAGGCCGGGCGCGGGAUGCGGGGCGGCGCGCUGGGAGGCGUGCGGGCCUUGCCUCGCUCUCCGCCCUCUCCUCAUCCCUCAGCGGCCAUGGAGGGUCCGCGGGCGCCGCGCAGGCCCCCUCCGCCCGCCGCUCUCCCGUCCCCUCAGCGCGAGGAAGGCCCCGCGGAGCCCCCGCCUCAGCCUCCGUCCUCGUCGCGGCCGCGGCCUUCCUCGUACCGGGCCCUGCGCAGCGCCGUCUCCACCCUGGCCCGCCUCGACGACUUCUUCUGCGAGAAGAUCGGCGCCGGGUUCUUCUCGGAGGUCUUCAAGGUGAGGCACCGCCAGUCGGGGCACAUCAUGGUGCUGAAAAUGAACAAGCUGAUGAGCAACCGGGGCAACAUGCUCCGCGAGGUGCAGCUCAUGAACCGCCUCUCCCACCCCAACAUCCUCCGGUUCAUGGGCGUCUGUGUCCACCAGGGCCAGCUCCACGCCUUGACUGAGUACAUCAACGGAGGGAACCUGGAGCAGCUGCUGGACAGCCCCACGCCACUGCCCUGGCCGGUCCGCAUCAAGUUGGCGCUGGACAUCGCGCGGGGCCUCCGCUACCUGCACAGCAAGGGCAUCUUCCACCGGGACCUCACCUCCAAGAACUGCCUCGUCCGGUGUGAGGACAAUGGCUACACGGCAGUGGUGGGAGACUUCGGCCUGGCGGAGAAGAUCCCCACCUACAGCGAAGGGAGUGAAAAGGAGCCCCUGGCGGUGGUGGGGUCUCCUUACUGGAUGGCCCCUGAGGUCCUGCGCGGGGAGCUCUACAAUGAGAAGGCCGACGUCUUUGCCUACGGCAUCAUCCUCUGCGAGACCAUCGCCCGCAUCCCGGCCGACCCGGACUACCUGCCCCGGACGGAGGACUUUGGGCUGGAUGUGCCCUCCUUCUGCAACCUGGUGGGACCCGACUGCCCCAUGACCUUCCUCCAGCUGGCCUUCCACUGCUGCAGUAUGGACCCCACGUCGCGGCCGUCCUUCCUGGAGAUCACGCAGCGGCUGGAGGCCAUCCUGGAGCAGCAGCUGGCCCACCGAGACCCUGGGAGUCCCGACGGGAAGAGCAACACGGGCAGCAAUGGCAGCUGCAGGAGGAGGAACCUCCCUGGGAGCCCAGUGGCCCUGCUGAACGGUCAAGCUCCCCAGGACCCCGCCUGCGUCCACCCGCCGCCCGGCCUCCUCUCCGUCCAGCAGCUCCUCCCCUUGGACCAGCGCCUCUCCCGCAGCCAGUCGGACAUGUUCCCCUCCCCUUCUCCGUCCCCCGCCCCCCCGGACAGCACUCCGCAGCGAGUGAACCCCUUUUCCCAGCGCCAGGACCUGAAGGGGGGCCGCAUCAAGCUCUUUGACACCCCCAGCAAGUCCUUGAUCUCCCUGACCUUUGACCUCCCGCCCCCCUCCCCACUCCAGCCGGGCAUCCCCAUCACCCCGGACCCGAUGGUCGAGGCCCAGUGUGACUUCUCCGAGGCCUCCUCCUCCUCUUCCUUCUCUGCCUUGAGCCCCCGCCGGUGCCGCUCCCUCCCGUCCUCCCCAGAGAUGCCCCAUCGCCAGGGGAAGCCCCACGUGGACCCUCAUCACUGCGCCAACGGCCCCUUGGCCCUGGACUGCAGCCGCCUGGAGGCCGACCCCGAGACCCCCGAGAUGAUGGACUGCCGCCCAGACGCCAGCCCGGACCCAGAGCCCCCCGCCGCCCUGCUCCCGCCCCCGGCCCCUCCGCCAGCGCCGGCGACCAACAGCAACUGCAUCAGCACGGCCGUCUCCCGGGCCCCGCGGCUGUGGCCCCCCAACGGGGUCCUCCUCAACAACAACAGCAAGCCCCCCGGCAGCUGGGGCGGGGGCCUCUCGGAGCUGAGCGUGGCGCCCCACAUGGACGAAGGGGCGGCGCUGGCCCUGGGGGGCCCCGAGGGGACCGUGGCCCCCGCCGACCCCGAGGAGGAGAUGCUCUCCUGCCCGGCCUGCUGCCUGGGGCCCUUCGGCUUCAGCCUGGCCUCCGUCUGCCACCGGCCCAGCGCCAGCAGCACCCCCCGCUACCAGAACCUCAACUGCGAGGCCAGGAGCCUCCAGGGCCCCGAAAGGGGGGCACCGGGGCCACGCAAGGGACCCCAGAGGCCCGGAGCCCUGUCCUCAGAGCCCAGCCUCAAGCUGCCCGAAGCACAGUCCUAACUACGGCUGGCCUGGCCGGACACGGAGCCCCUUCGCCGGCCUCAUGUGACCUCCUGCAGCAGCCUCAGGGAUCCAACGGUGCAAGGAAAGGGCUGCCGUGGUUGUGUUGGUGUGACUGACCGCCUGCCACCUGGUCAGCGAAGCGUGUUUUAGGGCAGCAGAGGGCAAGAUACCUGAAGCACAGUCCUAGCUCAGCCCAAACACAGAUGUGACUCUGCAGUGAAGCCCCAUCGCUGGCUUUGCGUGACCUCAAUGCCUUAUAGUCCUUGGGGGUUAUCCUGGCAGGACCCAGCUUGGCCACCUGUCCCUUGUGGACGUGGGGGCCGUGUUGGGGGGCAAGAGGAGCUGGGGAGGGGGCCGGCCUUCCUGCAUUCAGUGGCGAAGGGUACGUUCGGUGCUCUUGUGAAAUUGGGAACUGCAAAGGAGAGGCAUUUCCCUCUGGUGCCUUUUGUCUUCUUCCUGCGGCCUCAGGGAUCCCAUCGUGCAAGACAGGGGUUGCCUUAGCGGUGUCCAGCUUGACCGCCGGCCUCUUGACCACACCGCAGGGCCGGAAGGGGGAAAGGGGCCCAGUCUUGGAGGGGCUGCCGAGGGUCCGUUUGGUGCUGUCCUUGUGAAACGGGGAAGGAAGAGACAGGCCUCCCCUCUGCCCUUCGGUCAGUGUCCGGCUGGAGUUGCAAAGACACGCACCGCUGCUGCUUCCCAUGCACACAAGCGCACACGGCGCACAAACACGCACACGCAGCGGCUGCCUUGGGGUAAAUGGAGGCACACGAGCUUGGUUCUGCAGCACUUGUGGGGGUGUAAUGGGGGUGGGUUGGGGGAAAGUGGGGGGAUUGUGGCGUCUCUCCCCUCUCCCCAUUGCCCAGUGCAAUAAUGGAGGCCCCGCAUUGGUUCCGGGCUCCGUCUCUUUCCGGACUCUUUCUGUCCGUCUAUCUUUCUUUCUUUGAUGCACUGGUGGAGAAGAAUGCAGCAGCUGCAUUUUAAUAACAGAGAGGAAAAUGCUACUUAAUAUAUUCAGCUUAUUUAAAGUGUUGAAAUAAAACCAGACGAUUGUCAUACUUA